AAACCUUUUUUUCGGAUAAAUCGCAUCUCGACGAUGAUACGCGCUACACAUUUUUUCAAUUUUCUAUGAAUCGCUAGCGCGUUCCUCCGCUUUGCUUUCUACGGUUUUUAUCGUUAUGCGACCUUGUCGAUGCGUCGUACUAAUCGCGAAUAGGAGAGAGAUAAUCACGGCCCAUUUCGAUUCCUCCUUACAAGGAAAACAUCUUCGAAACGAUCUUGAUAAUGUUUGUAUACGGUGUCGUAACGAUAAGUGCAAAUAUUUUUAACAGACUUCGAAAAAGGAGUAGGUUACUCAAUUCGACAUGUAUAUUUUUUUUUUUUUUUUUGCUCGAACGUUGUGAACCGUCGAAGAUGGCUAGGUUCCGUACACGAUCACUCGUUCGAGUGUAUGUGUAUUUUCAAGUAGAAAAAACAAUGACGCAUAAUCAUCGAUACGACACGUUCGGCAUUCGCAACGAUAGCCUCUUGGAUCUCUGAAAAGCCAACAACUUUCAUCGCGCACCGAUAUACGUGCCACGAGGAUUUUUCGACACUUUCACCUUCUCGUUCCUAAUUAUCCAAGAGAGUUCCUCGAAUAAAAGUGAAGUCGGAGAAAAGCUCGAAAGUAAUAGAAAAGAAAACUGUACGAAGCCGGCUCGACACAAUCAUUUGUCGACUCGCUUCGAUUCGAUCGUGCCAAUUCGCGGUGUCACGUGUUUCCCAUGGGGUUAAAUUUCGACGUAAUCGAUCAAACCGAGCAUUCGUAUCCUCGGCGUUGACGCGAUAUGCCUCGAUGAAUCCAUUUUUGAACAUCAAACUUUUUCUCGAACCGACAACUUUACUACCUGUGUUGCGGAACAUGAGCUUCACCAGAUUACGCAAGGUAUCCUAGUACUGUCAUCGCGAAGAAUCAGCCGAUGCGUCCUUGAGACCUGUUGCACAUCCGCUUGCAUAACGAUUCCGAUACUUUGUACUAAAAAACCGAGUCGGUCGUUACUCGAUCGCUUCCAACGCUGCGAUUUUUCAAAAGACACAAACACCGAUACGGCUAUUAUUUCAUUUUAGUUUUUUGAUCAUUUAUCGAAUCGCGUAAAACUAGGCGAGAUAAUCGAUGAAGAUGGUCAAGCCUCCUCCGGCCGAUCCACUGGUAGAUUAAAAUGCAGCGGCGGCGAUCUUCAUACGGGAGCAGCUUAUCGAUAAUGAAGGAUCAGGGGUCGAGGCUGAUAAGGUCUGAUAAUGAGCCCCGUUUGGCGUAACUGGCCAGUUCCUGCGGUGCCGUACGCGAGUAUACUACGCUCUUUCGUGCAUUCCAGACCGAAUCGUAUGGAAAACUAACUCUGUUGAUUCUCGUUAUCGUUCUUCGUUGUUAAAACUCUUUCGUUAGUAUGAUAAACCCAUCUCGUUUAAAAAAAAAUGGAGCAAAAGUGUGGUCAAUGUGAGCCUUAGCGAUGCCCAUUGGAAGUAUGGACGACGACGGAAGUCGUCACAUCAGAAAGUACAGAUACAUGUUUGAUAACAUGGUGAUAGUGCCAUCCCCAGGCUCUAUAUGGGACUAUCCCUAUUUGAAUCAAGUCACCAGCAUGAUGGGCUUGGUAUACGGGACGGGACCAGAGUUGGAACAAGAUUUUUUCCCUUUCAAGAAUCGAAUUCCAGAAUCACACAUGGAGAGUCCGUCGCGAUUCGAGUUGACAAAGACAAAAACGCAGAGCAUGGACGAAAUGGAGUUUGGAGAGGUGAAAACCAGCAACGUCGCGACGUCGACACCUGUACCGUCGGGAAGCAUCCCAUGCAGAAACGGUGGCUGCAAAGGCUGGACCAGUACAGCGGAAAGUCCCUGGCAUUUUCUUAAAACAGUCUUCCUGAUCUCAGUGAUCGUUGCUCUAGUCCUAUGGGUGAUCGUUUACGCGUUCCUCACACAGUAUAAAAUCUUGUAAGGGACGAAAC